AAGAUUGCAAUGAUAAAUGUAAAUUCUUAUUCCCAUAUAUUCUACCAGAGCAAGAAACUAAAGCCAAUUUCCACAUAAGGUCAUUCAUUCAAUUGGCUGAAUCUUUAGAUCGUAUCCUAGUGAUACCAAAUGUUGGCUCAUCAAGAUUCGCAGCAUCUUUACCACUUUCCCCAACUUACUAUUAUGAUUUUAAUUUAUUGCAAAAAAUGUUUCCAAAUGCAAAAUUUGUUCCUCAAGAAGAAUACAAAUCAUGGAUUCAAAAGCAACCAGAUUAUAAAAAAAUUACUGCUGAACACAUUUUACUUACUGAAGAAAUGCUACAACAGCAAAAUGAACAAAAUGAACACUAUGAAAGUUUUGUAUUUGCAAACAAUUCUUCCGAUUUUUAUUAUAAAAAACAGAUGGAUUUUAUUAAUCGUCAUAGUAAUAAAAUUUUAUACAAAUUCAAAAUGAACAUAGAAAAAAUUAAAAAAAUUCGUAUUUUAAAUGAUGGAUUUCUAAAAUCAGUAAAGGGACGCGAAGAAUUUUCUAAAUUCAUGAUUAAAGAUUUAAAUUCCGAUUCACAAAUACUAUUAAUUCAUUCUAUACUGAAACAAAUAAUGUUUCCAAACACGUACGAACCAAUUCCUUACGCAGAGCAUAUAAUUAAUGAAGCUUCAAAAAUUGCUAAUCGGCUUGAAUCAUCAUAUAUUGCGAUACAUUGGAGAAUGGAAGGAGCAUUGCCGGAGAAUCUACCAAAUUGUGCCAGAAAAUUAGUUAAAACAAUACAAGGAAUAAGAAAAGACACUGGAAUAAAAAAUGUUUAUUUGGCAACUGAUGUUCCCAUAACUUGCGAGAAGAAUGGUAGUUUAAGUAUAAAUUUUCAGAGUGUUGGUAGCAAAGCACAAUCUAGCACUUUUCAUAAUGUUACAUUUUAUCACAUUAAAGCAUUGGAAAUACUAAUCUCUGCAAUAGACAUCAAAACUUGGAAAUCUUUAAAUGCUUUUGAUUAUUUAAAAUAUAUUGGAGAAGAAGAGAAAAAUAAAAGAAAUCCUUUAUUUAAAGAAUUAAAUGGUCCGGGUGUACAAGGAAUAUUAGAUAAAUUAGUUUGUAUAAAUUCAAAUUAUUUCUUGAGUGGCCCAGAAG